GUUGCUAGCGACGAAGGAAGCUACAGUUUAGUACUAGACGUGCGGAGAAGGUUUUUUUUACUCUUAUUCAGAUAGCAUUCAAAUAAGGUGCAGAAUUGUUUUUAAGAAUUUAUAAUGGAAGAUGAACAACUGCGACAGAUUGCACAGCUUUUGGUGAAAGAUGUAAUAGAGAAAGCUGUUGAUAAAAUAAAAACCGAAACAAGGGAAAUGGACAAAGGUCUUGACCAGGGGGUAGAUGAAAUUGUAGGGCUGACCAUUGGACGGUCAAUCAACGCCAUCCGCGAAGGUAAAAGUUCACCAACUGAUCAUAAGAUGGAGGUUAUGCUUGGACUCAACAAAUCCUUGGUUACUCCAACACCGGAAGUAGCAUCUAGCACAACAGGAAGUAAGCUUCUUGAUAUCAAAGAAGAGCGAAUCAAGCCAAGUGUAGGAGGAAACGAUAACAAGUCUCAUAUUUUUACCUCUAAUCCCACCAAAGACCACAAGCCGACAGGACACAAGAUAGGGCACGUGGCUACAACGGAUGCGCAGGUGAGCAAGGGCUCUCACAAGAAGAAUGUACUGGGACGAUUGUUGGACAGAAUUAUCAAGAGAGACAAGAAAGAGGCCAAGGAAGUUAAUGCUGCUACAGCUGGUGGCAGCACCAACACCUCAGUCGGUGGAAAGAAGAAGAGUUCUUCCAAGGCCCAUAACAAGAGAGACUGGGUCCGUAGAAAUCUCCUGUGCUGCUUCGUCAGACAGGCUGCCACAGUUGAGCCUUUAUUUGACUGAACAUUAUAAAGAAAAAUAGUCUGUUUUGAACAAUGUGCGGGAAAGUCGGAACAUGAUGUGACUGUAAUAUAAUUUAGUAAUAUUUAUAUGAUGUUGAUAUCUGCGACUUUUUAUUUAAAUUUGAGAGGUCAGGGUGGUGUCAACCACAGCAUUUGGCUUUAUGUCAUUAAGGUCAUUUAUGUUCUCAAACUCUUUAGUAUUUAAUGCAUGCAAUCUGCUAGCCAUAUAUCAUAACUCAGUGUAUUUUACUUCACCAGUCUUUUAACUUGAACAUACUUCAACCCUGUGACCAGGAAUAUAGGUCAAGGUCAUUUCUUUUCUAAACUACUUUUGUUUGCAUCAUUGACAGUAUGUCUGUUUUUAUAACAUACAGGCGUAACUAUAAUAUCCAGUUUAAGUGUUUAAAUGUAUUUCACCCACUGGGUUUAAAUUUCGGUCAAGGUCAUUUCUUUGUGUAGAACGUUGUAUUAUUCAAUAUGCCAGUAAGUUGCAUGAUAAUACAUGGUACCAAGAGAUUCCGGUUGUGAAGAAUGACGCGUAUCAAUGUUUUAAAAGAUUUGACACUUUUGAUUUUGCCCUAUACUAUAAAUCAAGGUCAUUUCUUUUCCUUGACUUUGUGGCACUCCGUGCCAGCAAUCUACCGGUCAUACAUAUCAGAAUUCCAGGCCCAAAAAGAUGUUUGUCUUAAGAGAAACAUUGUGGGCCUAUGUAACCUUGAAUAUAUGUCAAGGACAUCCUCUUUUCUUGUUGCACGCAUAGGCAACAGGCUACUGACUGAGUUUUGUGUUAAAUGUGAUCCUGGGAUCUUAAAUAAAGGUCACAAUUAUUUAUUUUUACAAACUUUGUAACACUCCAUACCCAAAGUGGCCCUGUUUAUACACAGAUUUUGUUUUUACUAAGGGUGAUACAUGUUUAUGAUAACUACAGCUGGAUCAUUACUAGAAGAUGUCAGACACCUCAGAUGUAAGACAUAAACAGGACACGUCUAGCCGGACACCCUGAUGCACUGCACGAAUUAAGAAGGUUGAUGAAAAAAAAAAAAAUAAUAAUAAUAAACGCA